ACUGCAACCUCCCAUGCCUUGAUCACACUCUCCAGCUCUCAGCUAGCUAGCUUCUCAGUUGCAUAGCUCAGCUCGUGCUCUCAAGAACCACAAGAAUUAAGACCUGGAAGCGAGCGUCUCUAUGGCAAAUCGAUCGUUCGCCAUGGACAGGGAGCUGUUCAGGACGGUGAAGCAGGCAACGCUGAACCACGCCAAGCUGCUGUACCACCGCCUCGUCAGGCGCCUGCCGCACCUCCUCGCCGUCACGUUCCUCGUCGUCGCGGCCCCGCUGGUGCCGUCGUCGUCCACGCCGUCGCUCGCGGGCGCCCGCGGCCUCUGGCACGAGGCGCGCGCCAACGCGGCCGCGGUCGUCGCGGCGUGCGCGGGGGUGGCGGCGGCGGCGUACGCGUACGCCGCGUCGUGGCCGCGGCCCGUGUACCUGGUGGACCUCGCGGGGUUCAAGCCCGGGCGCGCGCACGAGGCGACCCGCGCCAAGUCCAUCCGCCACUUCGUGCUGGCCGGGCGGUUCACCGAGGAGAGCAUCGCGUUCCAGACGCGGAUGCUUGAGCGGGCGGGGGUCGGCGAGGCCACGCACUUCCCGGCGUCUCUCCUCAGCUUCCCCGUCGACAUGUGCCAGCGCACGGCGAGGGAGGAGUCCGAGACCGUCAUCUUCGGCGUCGUCGACGACCUGCUGGCCAAGACCGGCGUGCGCCCGGGGGAUAUCGGCGUGGUCAUCGUCAACUCCAGCCUCUACAGCCCCACGCCGUCCUUCACGUCACUGGUCGUCAACCGCUACGGUCUGCGCCACGACGUCGUGAGCCACAACCUCAGCGGGAUGGGCUGCAGCGCCGGCAUCAUCGCCAUUGACCUCGCCAAGCACUCGCUUCAGGUGCACCCUGACACGUACGCGCUGGUGGUGAGCACGGAGAACAUCACGCUCAACGCCUACUUCGGCAACCACCGCCCGAUGCUGGUGACCAACACGCUGUUUCGGAUGGGCGGCGCGGCGGUGCUCCUCUCCAACCGCCGCUCCGACCGCCGCCGCGCCAAGUACCAGCUGGUGCACACGGUGCGCACGCACCGCGGCGCCAGCGACCAGAGCUACUCCUGCGUGACGCAGGAGGAGGACGACAAGGGCCACGUGGGGGUGUCCCUCUCCAAGGAGCUCAUGUCCGUGGCCGGCGAGGCGCUGCGCACCAACAUCACCACGCUGGGCCCGCUGGUGCUCCCGCUGUCGGAGCAGCUCCGCUUCCUGGCCACCGUCGUGCUCAAGCGCGUGUUCCGCGCCGACGUGAAGCCGUACCUGCCGGACUUCAAGCUGGCGCUGGAGCACUUCUGCAUCCACGCGGGCGGCCGCGGCGUGCUGGACGAGCUGGAGAAGAGCCUCAAGCUCAGCGCCUGGCACAUGGAGCCCUCGCGGAUGACGCUCUACAGGUUCGGGAACACGUCCAGCAGCUCGCUCUGGUACGAGCUCGCCUACUGCGAGGCCAAGGGCAGGAUCAAGAAGGGGGACCGGGUGUGGCAGAUCGCAUUCGGAUCCGGGUUCAAGUGCAACAGCGCCGUCUGGAAGGCGCUCAGGACGGUAGAGGACGCCGGGGAGAGCAACCCGUGGGCCAACGACCUCGAGACGCUGCCGGUGCAUGUGCCCAAGGUGGUGCCCGUCGCAUCCGACGAGACGUCCAAGCACGUGCCGGCUGCAUAGCCUCUGCUACUACGUUCUUUUAGGCUCUCAAAGAGUCAAAGCGAAGAACCAAAGCGUGUGUGCGUCGACUUGUGUGGUCUGUCCGGGCUUAUAUAUACAGGGCAUUUCUUAUACUACGCACUAGUGUGUAAAUCUGUCUGGAUAAUGGACUAGAGAGCAUUGUCGUGCGUUGUUUCGAGGAGAUCAUGGAAGGCUUGAUCCUAUCGAAGCAUAUCUGGUAUAAUAUAUUUUCGUACAAGUAAAGAGAAUAUAUCUGGAGGUCAAGAAUAGGGAUUAGAGAGGAGGCAAUAGAUGUUUUAUUAAUUUUUUUUAAAAUAGAUGAUCUUUUCUCUUUAUUAUCCAAUAUAUC